AUGGCCAGCCGGCGCCGGAAAACAUUUCUCCAUCGUUACGAUCCCUACCUACGUUUUCUCGCCCUGCCUAUCGUAUUUCUUCUCUACUCCUUCGUAUUACUAAAAUUUGGAGAGUACCUACUGACCCUUAAAGUAGCCGGUGCCGACGUUUCAAACAGCAAUGCCACCAGAGAGCUUUCACUGAAAUUGCCCAAAUCGAGGGAGGAUGUAAUGGAGCUCGCAAGUCUCCUGAAGGCAUAUAAGACCAUCUACUCAGAACAUGUGCUCACCUUCUUCUGUUUGGCCUAUAUUUACAAACAGGCCUUCGCGAUACCGGGAUCCUUCUUCAUGGUAAUUAUCUGA